GUGCAGUAGAAAGAGUAAAGAAAAUUAGAGACUAUGCCUUUGUGCACUUUAAUAAAAGAGAAGAUGCAGUUGAAGCUAUGAAAGCCUUGAAUGGGAAGGUGCUGGAUGGGUCCCCGAUUGAAGUGACGUUAGCUAAACCUGUUGACAAAGACAGCUACGUCAGAUACACCCGGGGCACAGGCGGCAGAGGUACCAUGCUGCAAGGAGAAUACACCUACACCUUGGGACACAUGUACGACCCUGCCACUGCCUACCUGGGCGCCCCGAUUUUCUACGCACCUCAAGCCUACGCUGCCAUCCCCAGCCUCCACUUCCCCACCACCAAGGGGCUCAGCAACAGGAGCAUCCUCCGGCCCCCAUCCAUCCGAGAAAUUUACAUGAAUGUACCUGUAGGGGCUGCGGGAGUUAGAGGACUGGGAGGUCGUGGCUACCUGGCGUACACGGGCCUGGGGCGCGGAUACCAGCUCAAAGGAGAAAAGAGGGGAGAGGAUAAACUCUACGACCUCUUGCCAGGAAUGGAGCUCACGCCGAUGAACCACGUCACGCUAAAGCCCCAAGGGAUCAAACUCGCUCCUCAGAUCUUAGAAGAAAUCUGCCAGAAAAACAACUGGGGCCAGCCUGUUUACCAGCUCCACUCUGCAAUUGGCCAAGACCAAAGACAGCUCUUCCUCUACAAAAUCACCAUCCCUGCCCUCGCCAGCCAGAACCCCACCAUACAUCCCUUCACACCACCCAAGCUCAGUGCCUUUAUCGAUGAAGCCAAAACCUACGCGGCAGAAUACACCCUUCAGACGCUGGGGAUUCCCACGGAGGGAGCAGAGGUACCUCCUGCAGCACCAGCUUUUCCAGGAUACACCAUUGCUAAUGCAGCUGCGACCGUCACAGCCACUCAGCUCAAACAAGCGGUGACUAUGGGACAAGAUUUAACGACAUACGCAGCGUACGAAGCCUACCCUGCCUUCGCAGUCGCUGCACGCAGUGAUGGCUAUGGAGCAUUUUAA